AUGGGUUCUGUUUGGGAUAAGUUUGGGAUUCGUAUUGUGUACGACACCGCCUUAAGCAUAGAUGCUAAGGUUAGUCAGAUUGUGGAGGGUAAUACUUGGAGAUGGCCAUUUCCUUCUUCUUGGGAGACUAUGGACCUCAUUAACAAAACUCCUUCAAAUUUCCUCCCUAUUGGUGGUCAUGAUAGUGUUAGUUGGUGUCCUGCUUAUGAUGGGAAAUUCACCAUUCAAUCCACUUGGAAUGCAUUAAGGACUCACUUUGAUCAUGUGAAUUGGUCUCAUUUAAUUUGGGGCCCCCACAAUAUCCCUAAAGUGAGUUUUGUGGUUUGGAUGGCAAUUCUUGGCCGUCUGAACACUGGGGAUAGGUUGCACCUUUUUGGUGUGACGCAAUCUACUGUGUGUGCCUUUUGUCAGUACCAUAAUGAAGACCAUAACCACCUUUUCUUUGAAUGUCCAUUCUUGAAAAGGGUGUGGUCUUGUAUUAAAGGUAAAAGCAAUGUUGAUUGGCCAUCCCUCCUUUGGGAUGAUUUGGUCCAGCUCAUUGCUAAAUCUGUGAAAGGGAAAUCCCUGGGGGCUAUUAUUACCAAGCUUGCAUUUACUUGUACUGUGUACCAAUUAUGGGUUGCUAGGAAUAAUAGAGUGUUUAGUAAAGAUAUGGUCCCUGAAGAGGUUGUUAUUAAGUGUAUUAUGGAUAUGGUUAGAUUCUGGGUAAUGCAUAUUACUAAUUUGAAGACUAACCAUAAUGACAGAUGGUAUCUUAGCUCAUGGAAAUUGCCUCAUACUAUGCUGAAGCGUGCUGCUGCUGAUGUGAGGAUUGAGAGUGCUUGGAGUCCUGGAAAACCAAUGGAUGAGUGUAUGCCAAUCAAUCUGAGGGUUGAGUUUCGUGUGUAUGGAGCUGGUUUUUUCCGAGUGAUGUGA